UAUCAUCUGGCAGAAUCAGGCAGACAGACCAGGUUUACCAGACUUGCCAGGCACUUUCCAAGAUGCUACGUCUGGUGAUCGUACUCGCGCUCGCUGCAUGCACCGUCUCAGCAUUAAAAAUUGGAGCAUUUAACAUUCAGGCUUUUGGAGACUCUAAAAUGGCAAAGCCUGAAGUGUGCACAGUUAUACUGAAGAUACUGCAGCGGUAUGAUAUAGUCCUAAUACAGGAAGUCCGUGAUACCGACCUCAGUGCAGUCGAAACGUUGAUGACAGAACUGAACAGCCAGAGUUCAGGACCAGUUUAUUCCUACGUGGUCAGCGACACUCUCGGAAGAGACAGUUAUAAAGAGCGUUACCUGUUUGUUUACAGGAACGACAAAGUGAAUGUGCACGACAGCUACCAUUACCACGAUCACAGCAUGUACAGUGGAGAAGACACCUUCAGCAGGGAACCCUUUGUGGUCUCAUUCAAUGCUCCCGAGACAGUCAUUCAGGAUUUUGUGCUGGUCCCAUUGCACGCUGCCCCUAAAGACGCUGUUCGGGAGAUAGAUGCAUUGUAUGAUGUCUACGAGGACGUAUGUAAGAGAUUCCAAACUGAUAAUAUUAUCUUCUUGGGAGAUUUCAAUGCUGACUGCAGCUAUGUCACUAAAUCCGACUGGGACAGCAUUCGUAUGUACACAAGUGAGGAUUUCACAUGGCUCAUACCUCAUGAUGUCGAUACCACUGUGGGAAAAUCCGACUGUGCAUAUGACAGAAUUGUCAUCAGCGGUGAAGACCUGCACAACGCCAUAGUGCCCGACUCCGCUAAAAUUUACAACUUUCACAAAAAAUACAAACUGACACCAGAGCAGGCUUUAGAAGUGAGUGACCACUACCCCGUGGAACUGGAACUUAUGUCAGCAUAAGCCAACCCUGGAGCAUGAAAGUGCCAUUAGAGUGAAACCAAACCAGAAAAGUCAACUGAAUGAUGCUUUUUUUUUUUUCUCUGUGCAUAGAAAAACCUUAUGCCACAACUACAUUGACAAUUCACAGACCAUGCCCUUUUGUACAGUUAUCUAAUUACUUUAAUGGGGUUUUCUCACUUUAGCAAAUGGCAUUGAUCAUGUAGAGAUAGUUAAUACGAGGCACUUACUAAUGUAUUGUGAUUGUCCAUAUUGUCUUCUUUGCUGGCUAGAUUCUUUUUUCCAUUCCAUUACACACCGCUUGUAUCCAGUGGUUACGACCACCCUGCAAUCCAGCAGCGGUGGUUGUGCUUGCACAAUAUAGGAGAAAGCGCCGGCCUCUCUGGAGGCCGGGACUGUGGGAGCACGCAUAGACACAGCAGCUCUCGUCCUGGCCAUCUCGUAUCUGCGCUUUGGCGGUGACCGCAGCCCCUGGAAACAAGCCGUGUAUAAUGCGAUGGAAAAAUAAUCCAGCCAAGCAAAGGAGGCAAUAUGGUCAAUCCCAAUACAUUAGUAAGUGCCUUGUGUUAACUUUCUCUACAUGAUAAAUGCCAUUUGCUGAAGUCAGACAAUCCCUUUCGUGGAGCCACCUACUACACAGGUCAGUAUUUGCCUAAAUACAGUAUCUUGAGGCAAUGUAUUAUAGAUGUGUAUUCAACAUUUCACAUAACCGAAGUGUGACUUCACAUCUAAAGGUCUGUCCUGUAUUACUUUUAAAGGGAAACUGUAAUCAAAACUAAAGUUUCCCAUGUGUUCCAAUAUAUAUAUAUAUUUUGCUGCUUUUAUCUUUAUGUUUUCAGUGCCACAUUUUUUAUUUUAUUGAGCCUUUAUGUAUCUGUGUGUCACUUAUACCGGUACCAGAAUUUCCUAUAAGAUAAAUCUGCAUGGAGAAGUACUCCAUAUCUCCCAGUUAUACUGGUGAAGAUGACAAGUCAGCCUCCCUGACUGUAUACUUCUCCUAGCUUAUUUUGGAGAAAAUGGAGGAAAGAAUAAUCACACCAUCCUGCCCGCAGACAGAUAUGGUACUGGCUUUGGCUGCCAAAGUGAUGCUGUGCGGGGGCAUCAUGACAUUGAUAGCAGAGAGCAGGGAUCAGCCACCUCCGGCACUCCAGUUGUUGUGAAACUACAACUCCCAGCAUGGACAUUUGUUCAGCUGUUCUUGGAACUUCCACAGAAGUGAAUGGAGCACGCUAGGAUUUGUAGUUUCACAACAGCUGGAGUGGCAGAGCUUGCCGAUCGCUGGCAUAGAGGGUCAGAAAGCAAGGUGGAAUAUACAGGGAAAGAUGGCAUCUGAUGAGAAGCAGACAGGAGGCUGAACUACAGCGAUGCGAGUACAAUUUACAUACAAGAAGUCCACAGUUCGAU